AGAAGAAGACAUGGAAACGAUGCUGCUGCUGCUAACUAGCGUCUCACGAUGAGCAGCACAAGUUCACAGCGUCAUGUUUAACUCUGGUUGAACCGCUCAUAGACAUUGUGAGUGCAACACAACCAGCUCUCCUGUCAAACCUGACACAGGUGACAUCAGAGCCAUGGCAGCUUCACAGUCUGCCAUAACAUUGGCAGUGUGCAUCCUCAUGAUAACAGAGAUCAUACUUGCCAAGAAGGACUACUAUGAUAUAUUAGGAGUGCCCAAAGACGCCACUGAGAGACAGAUAAAAAAGGCCUUCCACAGGCUUGCAAUGAAAUACCACCCCGAUAAGAACAAGCGCCCGGAUGCGGAAGUGACAUUUAGGGAGAUUGCUGAAGCUUAUGAAACUUUAUCAGAUGAAACCAGAAGAAGAGACUAUAACCCGUUUGGCGACACCUCUGCCUACUUCACCGGGGAGACUCGACGCAGACACAGAGAGGGAGCCCACCAGCCUUUCAGCUUUGAUGACAUAUUCAAAGACUCUGACAUAUACAGCCAGAACAGACACGCCCGUCACCGAAGACACUUUGAUGAGCACUCCAGGUCCCACAAGGAGUCCCACAGCAGACACAAGAGACACUCUCAAGGAGGCUUUGGAGCAGGAGGUAUCUUUGAUGACAUGUUUGAAGACAUAGAGAGAAUGUUUACUUUUGACAGACACAACAAGCAGUCUGAAAACCGGUUUCAUGGUGCAUCAAAACAACACUGCAGAACAGUGACGCAACGCAGAGGAAACAUGGUGACCACGUACACAGACUGCACUGCACCUUGAGAUACAAAGUAAAGUGAUACAUGACUUAAAAUUGCCUUACGGGAAUGCAAUACUGUUGCAUUGAUUAGGUCACUGAAAGCCACUUGGUUCAGGAACUGUGAACUGUGACGUUUGAGCUGACGAUCCGGUACAGAAUGAAUGACAAGCACUGACUAACCAGUUUAACAAGCUUUGGUCCAAAUAUAAAUAAGCUUUCUUUUGACUUCAGGCUUUUUCCUGUGUGCCCCUGAACUUUGAAAUGAUUGUAGUACUUUUCCAGUUCUUGUUGAAGUAACCUGUACUUCAAGUAUCUUCUUUUGAUAGUUGAACUUCGAAACAUUGUUCAUUUUACUGUUUUAAUACAUAAAAUCAGUCCAGGUGCACAAACAUGUGUGUUGUUCUCACGUAGCUCACCUACCACUCAGUUUUGUAGAGUUUUUGUUUUCUUUUGUGUAGGUUCUGCUAUUGUUAGUCUCAAAUCACAGCUGAGGGCAGAGACAAUAGCUUCUAGCAGAGUUUUGCUUAUGGUUGUGAAAUGGGGAGCAAUGUCAACAACAACCUGGGACCCUGCACAUGUUGCUGUGUUCAGUCUGUGUUUUAGGAUUUGUACUACAUCUUGGUGGAACACAUUACUCAAAAGUGCCAGUCUAACUUUUGAACACCAUGUAUUAUUGUAUAAUUAUAAAGAAUUAUAAAUAUCCCCAAAUCGUAAGAUAUAAUAGGGAAGAGAAGUUAUGUGUCUACCAAAAUGUCGGAGAAUGUAGUGGAUAUGGCCCAGACAGCCCUGCAAUUCAAUUAAAAGUGUGAAGCUUCAAAUGUUGUAUUUUGGAGAAACAUUUUUAGCGAGUUUUAAAAUCAACUUGAAUGUAAUGUUUGAGACCAAUGUGUUGGAUUAUACUAGCGAAGUGUUGUCUAUAAUUUUCAAUGUAACACACGCUGAAAGUAAAGAACCACAAAAGCUGUAGAUUCAAAAAUAAUAAGAGAGAAUAAACACUAUUCUGAGAAAAUUAGCAAAUUUCAUUCAAAUUCUGCAUGGAUACUAAUUCUUGUUAACCUGCAUUAAUUGCUCCAUCUGCCUUGAUACUUUAUUUUGUGUACGGCUGAGUGUCGAGGGAUAUUUUUACUGAGGCCACCUUUAGUACAGUAAAGUCACAGGUUUAAUUUCUACAUUUAACUUAAUCUGCUCUUUACUUUAAAAAUUUCAUGAAACUGAACCACAACUCCUAAAAUAUAGUUAUUGAGCCACUUAAACUGUAAAUCAGAGUAUGAACCUUGGGUUUUGGGACUCAUUAAUCAGUAGAUUUUGUAUUUUCAAAAAAAGUUUAAGACUGUGCAGUGCUGAAUAUAGCUGUCCAUUUUAAUUGCAAUUGGUAUUUUGCAGUGUGAAAUAUGUAUGUUUAGAUUAAGAUCAAGUGUUAAGAACGCUGCAGUGCAAAGCUGAAGAAAUACUUAUAAACAGUAUAUGUGCCUAAAUGAAUUGAUGCUCUGCACAUGAUGAAACACUCAAUAAAUUCACAUUUCCCAUCACUUGUGUUACCUCAGUCACGGAACAUGCACCUUUUACAUUGUGCUGUGAAAUAUUUAUUGCUUAUAUUCAUAUCAUUGUUGUAAAAUGUCCAAUAGCACUUUACAUUUCCAGUUUUAUGUUUGUUUUUCAAAGAAUGUGUUUCUAGAAAUAAAAGGUAGA